GUUACAACCUCAUUAGUCGCCUAAAUUAGCCAAUCGUUGAAGCCCGCGUUUACUCUCUUUCUCUUUCUUUUUCUUUCUUUCUGCAACUGCAUAUGCAUAUUCCCCCUUCCAAUUUCUCAGAAGAUGGGAGAGAGAGAGACCCCAUAGAAAUUUAGUACACCUCUCUCUCUAGGGUCUUCUAAUUUCAUUCCUUUAUUCAGAUUCAUCCACCAUUUUCUUUCUUAUUCUAAUUAAAUACCUGCAUUUCUUUUUCUUUUUUUCCAUUUCUGGGGAUGAGUUGCAAAAACCCUAGAAAUCAUAGAUUUGGGGGUACGUUCGUUCUCAGCUGAAGUACAAGAAAACAAGGAUUUUGGGCUCGACCCAUUUCGAUUGAGAGGUUCCAGAUUCAAAGGGAUCGUUUGAUUUUUGUUGAAAAUCCCCCUGGAUUUGAAUAAGGGGGUAGAUGCGGAGAAAACCCCCUCGAGGACUGGAAGCCCUAAUCGAGAUUGGAAUCGUUCUUGAAAAUCGAAACCCUUUGAUUGUUGUUCCAUGGAUUCAACGUUUUCGACCUUGGGGUUUUUGAUUUUCGGUAUUUCUAUCAGCUUUUAUGCGUUUGUUGUCCAAUCCCAGAUACAAGAUGGGAACAACGGUGCUGAAUCAUCAUCUCCUGCAUUCAUGGUGUCACCACCACCGCCUCCGCUGCUAUCACCACCUCCUCCGACACUUGGUUCUCCUCCCUCUCCAGGAUCGCCGCCGCCCCGCCUUUCUUCCAAUAUGAGAAGGCCACCGCAUCAUCAUGGUCAUCAUGGUCAUCACCGUCGCCCUCCUCCGCCUCCGCCCCCUCCGCCACCUCCCCACGGGAUGAAUGCGGGAAAGAAAGUCGGGCUUUUGUUUGUGGGCAUUGCGGUAAUCAUGCAGUUUGGUAUGGUUGGGUUCUUGGUAAUCAAGAGAAGGCAGCUUUUGAAGGCCAAUGACAGAUAUGAGAAUUGUUCUUGAAAAAAUUUCCUGGGUUUUCUUAUUAAUUCUUUUUCUUUUAAUUUAAUGGGUUGAUAUUCUUUGCUGCACACGUUAUGGUUGGGGAAAGGGGAUAUUGGCUGAGACUCUGCAGAAUCUGGGAAGAACAGGGAAAAGCAAACAUGAAGAGAUAUGAAUUUGUGGAAUCAUUGGAUCAUAAAUUGUGCAUUGAUACCCUCAUUUCGGCCCUCGGCGUUACCCUGUAUAUUGGUAUUUGUUAGUUGACGUUUCCUUCAUGUUUCGUGUUACCCCUUAUCCCUUAGUUCCAUUACAUUGGUUUAUAAUAUAAAGAGGCCCCGCUGUUCUUCUUUGUUUUUUUUUUUUGCUCUAACAAGUUCAAUGUACAAAUGAUGUUAGGAAUCUUUGCAGCAUUAACA